AUUAUUACUACCAUCUCCAACUCCGGACGCAGGCUUUACUCCGAUAGCGCAUCCGGCGAGGAGCUCAGCGUAUUGUAAUAUGAACGGGGGCUUGACUGAGACAUCGAGGCAGGAUCACAGGCGUGCCGGUCCUCCUGCUGGCCGAUGAAGGUGUCCUGGGGAAUAAACCAUUCACCUUAUUUACUGCCCUCCUCCCUAUGCUGCGGCUGAUCGCGGCGUCGGGCUUUGGGAGUCCGAUAGGAUCGCGAUGCGUUUUGUCUGCAGACCCGCUCUGCAUGUCCUGACAUGAACGGCAGCUGGGCACGCCACCAAGUAAAGCAGGGAAGGGCUUUCAGGGCAGCUGGCGGCAGGAGAGGGAGGAGCAGAGAGGGAGGAGAGUGGAAGAGGAGGAUCUCAGGGCCACAGAGACGCUGGGCGUGUGAACGUCGGGGCCGACAAACAGACCGAAAGCAAAAGACGAACAAGGAGUUCAGCAAGAAGACGGAAACCGAGGGAGUGUGGAGGAAAAGGAACAGACGGAUAAAGGGCAGGACUGUGGCUGCGUGUCAGUCUCAGAAGGUCUGACGCGGAGAGCGUGCGAGCGUGCGUGUUGUAUUAAUGGCCUGAGUUCCUCAGCUCCCAGCUCACCUGAGAGAGAGCCGUGCCUGUUUCCUUGUGCGGCUCCACUCUGACUCAUACACGACCGGCGUGGUUUUCUGGAAUAAUCUGCUGCUCGCUCGCCGAGACCCACCAACCUGACAUGGUGUGAAGGGGCUGGGCGCCGGGCGGCCGCGUGCCAUGGGCGGCUGGACCCAAGGACCAACCCCAUGAGCGCGAUCAGCCUUCUCCGGGGCCGCCGCUUCCUGUGCCGCGAGUGGGCCCUGGAGAAGCUGCGGAGGAGCCUGGAGACGCGGCCGGUGGGGGUGCUGGUAACCGGCGGCCCCGGAGCCGGGAAGACGGCGCUAUGCACAGAGGCGGUGUGGCCCACGUCAGAAGCGGGACUCCAGGCCGGUCUGGCCCCGCGAUGCCUUGCGGCACAUUUCUGCCAGCGGGAGGAUGAGAGGUCCCGGGCUGCCUGGAGCUUCGUGCUGGGCCUGGUGGAAGAGCUCCGGAACAGCCCUGCCUUGCCCGCGGCCUACAGGGCGGCGCUAGAGGACCCCACCGUGGCGGCCGCUCUGGAGCCCGAUGCCUGUCAGCGUGACCCUGAUGAUGCCUUCAAAAGGACAGUCCUACAGCCUCUAAUGGAAAUCCCAGCGCCGCCACACAACCUCUUCCUGCUGGUCGAUGCCCUGGACUCAGAUGUAGCCAGAGGCAGUGACUCCAUCGCAGAGCUCCUCUCCAAGCACCUGCAGCUGUUCCCCAGUUGGCUGCUCCUCAUCUGCUCUGCACGGCGCCAGGAUAAGGCUGUUAGCAAGAUGUUCCCAGGGUUCCGUAAGCUCGUCCUGGACGACAUGCGGAAGGAGUCACCUCUGCGUGACGUGCAGCAGUACAUCCUCCGACGUCUGGCCCAGGAGGGGGCGCUGCGGAAGCAUCUGACACCCGAGACAGCAGACAUGCUGAACUUGUUGCACAUCAAGAGCGGCGGCUGCUUCCUGUUCCUGGAGCGCGUGCUGGACGGCGUGAGCGAGGGGCUGCUGACCAUACGGCAGAUCCGCGACAUCCCCGGCACCCUGAGCGGCCUCUACCUGUGGCUAUGCCAGCGUCUCUUUCCCAAGAGGCUUUUCUCACGGGUACAGCCCCUCCUCAGCGUCCUGCUGGCCACCCCGCGACCCCUCACCGCAGAUCAGUUGUAUAUGGCAGUCUGGACACGGGACACCACCUUGAGCCGUGCCCACUUCCAGAACCAGAUGGAGGCACUGUCUGUGCUUUUGGCUGAUGGGCCGGGACAGACCAAGGUCCUGUUCCAUAGCAGCUUUGCGGAGUGGCUGACCGACGUGAAGUACUGCACACAGAAGUUCCUGUGUAGCGUGGCUGAUGGACACACCAUGUUGAGCAUGGCUCUCACACUUCACGGGGCCCAGCUGACCCCAGAGGAAACCUGCCUCCUGGCUUUCCACUUGGUCCACGCCAGCUUGCACUCGGACCACCCGGCCCUGCUGGCGCUGUGGAUGCUAUGGACCGGCGCCACCGGCCCUGACCCUGGGUCUCCGUGUUCGCCCCGGCCUCCUGUCCUGCUUCAGCCAGAGGUUCUGCGGUUGUUGGUCAUGGCUGGUGUCUUCCCUCGUUCCUGCCUGCCGGUUGGGCACCUUUCCGGCACCGGGACCCUGCGACGGGCCCUGGAGACGAAGGAAUCAACACGUGCACUCCUGGAUGGCGGGAUGAGCGUGAACCAGACGGACUCAGAUGGGCGCCCCCUGCUGAUGGAUGCGGUAUGCACGGGAUCAGCUGGAGUGGUGGAGCUGCUGCUGGCACACGGGGCAGCCCCGGAGGUGCAGGACGCCCAGGGCCAGACUGCGCUCAUAGCGGCAGCCCGGCACAGCCAAGUGGGGGCCCUGCGGGUUCUGCUAGGUUGGGCCGGCCGACACGGGGAGACAGGGCUCCGGUUGAUAAACCACGCAGACGCCGAGGGCUGGACAGCUCUGCGCGCAGCGGCCUGGGCAGGGCAUGUGGAGGCGGUGCACCUCCUGCUGGAGGCCGGGGCGGCGGUGGACGGGUGCGACUCUGAGGGCCGGACCGCCCUACGGGCCGCGGCGUGGGGGGGCCAUGAUGAGGUCCUCCUCACUCUGCUGGACAAAGGCGCGCGGGUCGAACAGCCUGACAGGGAGGGGCGUACGGCUCUCAUGGCCGCUGGCUACAUGGGCCACCGGGAGGCUCUAGAGAUCCUGCUGAAUGCGGGGGCAGAGGUGAACCGGAAAGACGGAGAUGGGCGCACGGCACUGUCGCUAGCUGCCAUGUGCCUGGGGGGCAACUCCAGCGAGGUGAUGAGUCUGCUGUUAGAACGGGGGGCGGACCCGGGGCACAGGGACGGGGACGGAAUGACGCCACUGCUACUCGCUGCUUACGAGGGCCACGGCGAGGCUGUAGAGCUGCUGCUGGAGGCCGGCGCCGAUGUAGACGACGCCUCGGGUUCGGUGACACCCCUGCUGGCUGCCGCCUCCAUGGGCCACAUGGCUGUGGUGAACACUGUGCUCUUCUGGGGCGCCCCCGUGGACGCCAUUGACGGGGAGGGCCGCACAGCACUCUGUUUGGCCGCCACCCACGGCAGCACCGAUGUGGUGCGGGCCCUGCUGGACCGCGGCCUGGAUGAGAACCACAAAGACGACCUAGGCUGGACUCCGCUGCACGCCGCUGCAUGUAGCGGCCACAAGGGGGCAUGUGCUGUCCUCACCGACUACGGGAGCAUGGCACGGGUCGGUGAGCUGGACAACGAAGGCCGCACGCCACUGAUCUUGGCUGCUCAGGAGGGCCACUGCGGCACGGUCCGGCUCCUGUUAGACCGCCGGUCGCCCAUCGACCAUCGCGGCUACGAUGGCCACUCGGCGCUCAGUGCCGCCGCCCUGGAGGGUCACGCUGACGUGGUGGAGCUGCUCAUGAGGCGCGGCACGGACACAGACGUGCGAGACGCGGAGGGGAAGCCCCUGCUCUAUCUAUUGAUGCUGGAGGGACGUCUCGACAUCGCCGCCCUGCUGGUGGAGAAGGGGGGCGCACCGCUUGAGUCACGCGAUGCUGAGGGCCGCACCGCGCUGCACGUAGCCAGCUGGCGCGGUGACCUGGAGGGCAUGACCCUGCUCCUGCGGCACGGUGCAGACCCGAACGCGCCUGACGGGGAAGGCCGCACACCAUUGCACUCCAUGGCCUGGAGGGGGUACUCUACAGCAGCUCGUUUGCUAUUGGAAUCCAAAGGCGCCCUUGUCGACUUAGCAUGCCGCCAGCAGGGGGCGACAGCUCUGUGCAUCGCGGCGCAGGAGGGGCAUGCCUUGGUAGUGUCAGUACUCCUGGAGAAAGGGGCAAACCCAGAGCACGUGGAUCUCUACGGCCGCAGCCCGGUGAAGGUGGCUGGGAAGAGGGGCCACUUGAGUAUCGUCAAGCUGCUGGAGAGAGCUGGUGCCAAGCCUUACCUAGGCACCUUGCCAUCGUUACCAAAUUCCCACAGCUCAGUGGCCAGCAGCCCCCCCUGCACUGGCUUUGGUGGAGCAGUCGAGGGCAGCUGCAGGCCCCCUCUAGCAUCUGCACCCUCCCCAUCGUCAAGCUCGCUCUCCCCCAGCUCCACCUCGGAGAGGUUCCACUCCAUGCAGAGCUCUCAGGCUUCGUGGUCCACCUGCCACUCCCUAGCCACGGUGCAGACGGCACCGGCCGACAACCUCAGCUUCACACAGCAGAUCCAGCAGCACUCUCUGCCGCGCAGCCGGGCUCGCAUAUCCGUCCAGCCCCUGCCUCACGUCGCCCCCCAGCCCACCGACCACAGCUGGCUGGCCGAACCCUGCAGGCCAUCAAAGAGCUCCACGGGAGUGUGGGACCAAUACUCCAAACCUGGCCAGGAGGUCGAGAAGAACCAGAGUGCCAGUGUGUUUAAAGGAGGGAGGUGGAGCUCUCUCAUGGCCUCCCUGGGUGUGAUGCCCGGACAGGACUGCCCCACCCGGCCUCCCAAAACAACGGAUAGCCCACCGAAUGGGUACCCCAUCCAGCUGGAGAAUCACAGCCAGAGGGACAUGGAGUGGCGACCGGGGAAGACCUCUCUGUCGCCGGUCUUCAACUUCCCAGUGUCCUCUUACUCCAGUGCCUUAGCCCCCGAGUCCCUGCCCAGCUUCACGAGCACGGACCCCCAGCUCAACCUCAAGCAGGCCAUCAAGCUGCAGUUCGAAGGGCCCACCAGUGCCCUGCUCUACAAACGAGAGACGUCCCUGUGAGGGACUUUGCAGCUGGGGCGUUCUCAGUCACGGCACAAAAAGCAUAACGGACAUUUUUUAUUUGUUUACAUUUUUCCUGGUUCCAGUGUUGAACCCAAAAGGACUGAUGCCACAUCUGAACUUUGCCAUUUCCAUUCUCACAAGGGAGGGACCCAGCGUCAGGUUCCACUCUGAUGGAUUUGCGACAGAGCGGGCGUGUUACGAAACGACAUUUGCUGCACUCUUCAGACAACGCCACCAUCACCGUAUUCUCUUGUCCUGGCCUGGUCCAAAAACAGCGAUCUUCAAGACGAGGCUGGUCAUGCUCUGGCCAAGUGUGCAGACAAGGACAACCUGCUUCAGGCCUCGGUUUGAUUACUCAUUUGCUAUCAUCAGUCGAAGCAGAAAUCUACUUCCCACGAAUUUUAAACCAUUUGUAUAGAAUUGAUUUCUGCAGGAAACUGUUGAUUUUACUUUAUGACCAAAAACUUUAAGGUCACUCUC